GCAGCCGACAAGAGUGCAACGGGGAAUUAUGUUGUUCACAUUAAUGUGUAAUAUAGAAUCACAUCAUAAUCGAACGUAACGCAUUCUCGGAUCCACCAGUUUUAAUCGCAGUGUUUUUUAACGUCCCUGUUACUAAGGAUGAGUUCAGAGGAUUGCGAGUAACGUUUCACAUCACAGCUGAUAUCACAUUCUAGUCGUAUGCUAACAACCUUCGUGCAGUCGUAAAGCGAACAUCCCGCCGGAGUGUCGAAAUCGUUUUGGGAUCAAUCCAAAACAUUGGUGUAUUACACGUACAAUAGUUCUACAACCGAAUAGCACCUAGUGAUCCGACACAUUGAAUCUCAUGUACUUAGAGGGAAAAAAUGCAAAGGCCGUUAGAAUUAUACGCCCAUUCUCCAACACUGUGGUUAGAGAUGAUGUCUCACAAUCAUCUGGUAAAAUACACCAAUCUAUCGCAACACAUGAACAGUCAUGAGAAUCGUUCGGUUCCCUUUUGCAACUGCGAAUACCCAGCAGUGACACGGUCACGUCACACGGCGAAGAAGGUGGAGAGAUGCAAGUGUGGAGAGGAUAACUCGACUCGUCUCGACUGGAUCUGGGACGCGGAAGGAGGCCAUCCUGACACUAAAAUUAUCAACGGGACGGAGAUAGUUUUCCAUCCGGUGUACAGUCAGGGUACUGCAGUCAUACGUGGAACCCAACCGCUGCAGUAUGGAAGGCACCAUUACUGGGAGAUAAAGAUACUCAGCGCGUUAGCCGGGACUGAUAUUAUGCUCGGCAUAGGCACCGAUAAAGUGGAUCUACUUUCCCAUCGGUUCAAAUUCGCCAGCCAACUGGGGCUAGAUGAUCAAUCCUGGGGCUACUCCUAUCGUGGGGUCACGCAGCACAACGGUCAGUUCAAGUACUACGGCAAGAAGUUCAGCCAGGGUCGUAUAAUCGGUAUUUACGUCGAUAUGUUUCGUGGCGUGCUCGAGUUUUAUCUGAACCGUCGCUCACAGGGCCGUGCCUACGCCAACAUUCCCCUAGACAGCAGCGUUCGCAUUUACCCGAUGAUUUGUUCUACAUCGGCCAAAUCAGCAAUGAAGCUCAUUAACGCGGCCUCUUUCGCCGAUAGUCUUGUGUUCAGCUGUAUGAAGGUGAUCUCCAAAUACCCGAAACUGCUCAAACAAACGCAUUCAAUCCCUGGAUUGCGAAAAUUUACAGAGGAUCUGUGGUUUCUCCAGUUCAAGGAACCCAAAAAGACUGAUGAAUUCCAACGCAACAAUCUACUCCUGGAGGAUGAAGCCCUUUUGUGUGGCAUGAAGAAGAAGAAGCUGGACAAAAUGAUCUCCCAGAGUCAGCAACAGAACACAACGGUUGAAUACACCAACGAGGAAGAUAUCUACAAAGAUAUGAUGACGGCAGAGCACUCGAAAAAACGUACAACUAGUAACAGCAGUAGCGGUAGUAGCGAUGAUGAAGAAUUAGCCAAGAUGGUCUCCAGAGAAUUCUUCUGUAACCACUGAGGAUGAAAUCACUAAGUGAUUAUCGAUCAAAUGGAUCUUAAAUUCAACGUUCAAGAAGUUUUGUAUUUUAUUUUCUAUAUUCUUUAUUUUAUGUUUGUACCAACUCCAUGUGAUUGAUUGAGAUGUUUGCAAGAAUAUAUAUUUAAAAAUCGA